GAGUACAAUGUAGCGAUCGGUUAACUAGUACUUGGUUGCACGGCCGACGGCGGGCGGCGGGCACGUACGUCGUACGUCUCAUUGCCGUUUAUCAACGCCACAUAGCGCAUGCGCAUUCCCGUGUCGAGUCUCGCACCGAGAGAACUGCGUCCGCAACCUCUUCGGAAAUCAAUUAGACCCUUGCCCUUACCUAUUACCCAUAAGACUGAAUUCCUGUAACCAGAGACUGGAAAAGAAAAAACCUAAGCCAAUUAUUUAUUAUUAACCAUAUUUAUUAUUUUUACUUAUAUAGAAGAAGAAUUUUCGCAUUUACAUAUAUAUAUAUAUAUAUAUAUAUAUAUAUAUAUAUAUAUAUAUAAUACCAAACGUUUGAGAAUGGCGAUUGAGAAAAAUAAAUGUAUGUUAACAUAUUUGGAGAUAGAAGAGCCUUUAGAAGACAUAGUCACAGAUGAAUUUACACAUAUUAUUUUCAAAUGUAAAAUAAGUGACAGUUCAGAAGAAUGUGUGUCUUACAAAUGGUACCAUGAUGGGAAAUGUCUAGAACAAUCUCGUAAACAUACGAUGAGUUGUAAUGAAAAAUGGCAUCAACUUGAGAUUACAUCAAUUAAAGCUUACGACCAGGGUGUUUAUAGCGUUAUACUAAAAAGUAGUUCGCACGAAACGUAUUCUAAAGCAAAUUUGUAUGUACGGCCAAUUAAAGAUAGAUAUUAUAACAACAACAACGAUGUUGUAUACAUGAACGUAAUUCCUAAAAUGAUUGGUGUAGUCAGACACUUGAAAUGUUCUAGGCUGUUAGUAGGGAGCACCAUAGAACUAGAAGCUGAAUUUGAUGAAGAUUGUCUUGAAGAUUACAUAUGGUACAAGAGUAAUAAACCGUUUAUACCGCAUGAUCGAACUAUAAUUUUAAAUGAUAAGAGAUCGACUACAUUGUCUAUAUUGCACGCAAAGGAAACAGAUAGUGGAAUAUAUCACGUAGUAUCAAAAUCUGAAUAUGGUAUAGCAUCCACAUAUGCAAGCGUGGCAGUAAUAAAUACCGACUUUAACGUUUUGAGUAACAGUGAAGAUGUGCCAACUGUAGAAGACCUGCCAGAUGAAAUUGAAGUUAGUAAGGGAGAAGAGGUGAGAAUUGUUUGCAAAGCGACUUGUGAUAUAAAUACUCUAGUGUUUUGGUCAAAGGACGGAUCAGAUUUGGAGAAUAAUGAUAAAGUGACUUCAGAAUACAUUAAUAAUAGCUGUAUAUGUCUUAGAAUAAAAAGUGCAAAUUCAGAUGACAGUGGCGAAUAUACUGUUACUGUACAAGAUGAUAUUACAGGACAUUUGGAAUCAUCGUCUUUCUUCUUAAACGUUAUCAGGCGGCCUAACAGUAUACUAAGGCCAAUAACAUUAAAAUCAUCCCUCACUCCAACUAUGGCCUGCUUCGGAUCGAGUAUAAGUUUCACGUGUAGUUUUGUUAUAGAGGAUCCAAGGUUUCAUUUUUCGGUAUGGUACAUCGGUAAUUACAGAGUUGAACGUUCCAAUCAUCGGUUCCAUGUUUUGGUAAAGGGUGGAAAUUUCAUUUUUGUUGUUAAACAAGUUGAACCUGGAAUGGAAGGUGAAGUUAUAUGUGAAGUACGUAGAGUGCUACCUAACGGAAAAUCAUUUUUUAUCGAUAAGACAACUACAAAACUAGUAAUAGUCCCACAAGCAAUCAUGGAGGAAGUAAUUCAAAAUGUCUGUAUCAAAAGAAGCAUCUACUACUAUGUCAAUUCCAAGAUAACCAUCAUGUUAGUGAAUUCUUUUAAAGGAAUCAAAAAUGGCAGUGGAAUCAUGCAAGAAAACUUUUCCGACGACGAAAUUACGGACAGAUCUCGUGACACAACUGGCAGUUUCAUGAUUACCUAUUGCAGUUUAGACGAUGAAAGCUUUUAUUUAGACGUCGAUAACAAUGAUGUAGAAAUAGCCGCUGAGAAAUUAUAUAUAUACAAAAGGUGUUUACAAAGUCAUGAAGCUAGCUCAAAUAUAUCAUCUAAAAGUGUUACAGUCAUAGAAUGGGAAGUGGCAGAGUUUCAAAAAACGAAUGAAAAAUGGUACAUGAUAGAAGUCGGUAAAAGCAAUGAUAAUUUUGUGCAAGCUGGAGUAUCAAGUAAGCCGAUGUUUGAAUUAGAAGAUCCAGUACAAGAGCAAAUUAUGAUAUUUCGGGUGUCCGCUGUGACUUCCCCAAGCAUGACGGACGAAUCAACAGUUCGGAUAGUACCAGCGCCAAAAAAUACGCUAUCAACAAGCAAGAUUUGCGAGCUUCAAACAAUGGAAGAUUUCGAAAAGGCAUAUACUAAAACCGGUUCAUUGAUUGGCUGCGGUGCGUUUGGUAGCGUCGUUCUUGUUAAAGGUACAGACGGAGAAUAUUAUGCCGCAAAGGUGUUAAAAACAAGAACUCAGAAAAAGAGGGAACUCGGAAUAAGAGAAUAUGAAAUGAUGAAGCAGUUAAGACAUCCAAAACUUAUUCAUCUCUUCGGCGCUUACAUUUCAAAAGAUUCCUUUGUACUUGUAAUGGACUAUUUAUGGGGUAACGAGUUAUUUGACAGGAUCGUGGAUGAAGAACAUAUUAAAGAAGUGGACGUUGUUCCAUACGUGCGCCAAAUUUGUGAAGCUCUGCUUUAUUUGCAUGAACUAAAAAUAGCGCAUUUGGAUUUGAAACCAGAAAAUAUUAUUUGCUUAAGUCCUAACUCUCUACAAGUUAAAAUCAUAGAUUUCGGCUUAGCUAGAUAUUUGGACGACAGUCAACAAACCAGAGCAAUAUAUGGUACUAGAGACUAUGUAGCUCCAGAAGUAUUAAAUUUUGAUCGACUGACCUUAGCAUGUGACAUGUGGAGUUUGGGCGUGGUUACAUACAUGUUAUUGUCUGGGGUCAUGCCUUUUGUUGGUGAAAAUUGGGCGCAAAGAUCGGCAAACAUCACCAGGGCUAAAUAUAAUUACCAUGAGUCAGCAUUUAAGGAAAUAUCAGAUUUAGCAAAAGACUUUGUUGAUCAUCUACUUCUUUUAAAACCGGAAUAUCGAAUGAAUGCAUCUCAAGCAUUAAAUCAUAGAUGGGUACGGGAAGGUCCACCUUGUGGUGCUAAAGCAGGUCAUAUGAAACGAACUAGAGAAAAUUUGAAGUCCUACCUAGCAAACUAUAGAGCUAGGUGGCAGGUUUGUAAUGAAUAUCAAAUGUAUUAUUGCUGUGUUUACAAUGAAAAUAGACUUUUAUUACUCGUUAUUUUAUUAAUAGAGGGCUGGAAAUGUCUUGAUUGCGGCUCAUCGUCUACGCACGCAUCGCUCUACAAACGAACCAGGGGCGCCUACGGUCACUUAAUUAGUUAAUCGACAAUGUGUUUUAUUUUAAGCGGGUUAUAAAAAAAAAACAUAUCUAAAAAAAUUAUGGUAAUAUCAAUAUGGCGAUAUGAAAUCUAAAUGUUUAUGAACAAUGAAUUUAUAUUUAUUCUCGUUUUAUUUUAAUGGAUCUCUGAGCGCAAUGCUCUUACACAUUUUGUUUAAGGGUUCAUAGUUUUAAAGUAUUGUAUUAAAAUAGUAAUUUAUUAGACUAAAUAUAUGUAUUUUACUCUUACCGUUCCCUGAACUAAAAAUAACAUUUAUUUAAAAAUAUAAAUGGACGCCAGCAAUAAACCAUAGCUAUACAUCUCACAACAAAUCGCUUUGACAGAGUAAGUGAAAUCGCGGUGUUCCUUGUUUGGUCGCUUAUAUUUCUAAUUUGUAAUUCGUUUCAGCAACAAGAUUUGAGAAAUAUUGUUAGUAAUAGUAAUAGUUGAAUGUUAGUACAUAAAUUUUAAAAUGGUCUGAUGAAAAUAAAAAUCAUUGAAAAAUAGCUAUAGCUCAGUAAAAUAAAAGUCCACUUGAUGUAAAUUUGGAAUGUGAAAAUGUAAACUCAGAAACGUAAUAUUAAAUAAUAAAACAUAAAGCAAUUAGUAAUUUA